GUGCCGCCAUUGGCCGCGGGGGCCUCUCGCCCCGCCCCCUCGGCGCCCGGCCUGCGGGACCAGCGGCGGUGGCGGCGAGCUGCGGGGCUGCCGCGGGCCGGAGCGGCGGCGGCUGACUGAUGGGGAAGCCUUAGGGAGUUUGUAUCAUGGCAACAGAUGAGGAUGGACUGGGACUGUUUGAUAUCCACUAUGGUGCUGAAGCUUCCCCCUUCAAGGAAGGUGAUGAGAGCUCAGUGGAUAUUUACGAUGGCUUGGACAAUGGUUUGACAGUUCCUGACAGUUCUGCUCCAAAUUCUACACCAGCUGGUAACAGCUUAAAUUUAUUUGAUGAGAUAUUAAUUGAAGAAGGAACGGCAAAAGAAGCAUCCUACAACGAGUUACAAGCUGAAUAUGGGAAAUGUCAGCAGCAAAUUAAGGAGUUGAUGAAGAAAUUUAAGGAAAUACAGGCACAGAACGUCAUCCUGCAGAAUGAAAACCAAGCUCUCAAAAAGAAUAUUUCAGCACUUAUCAAAACAGCAAGAGUUGAAAUUAAGCGUAAAGAUGAAGAAAUCAGUAAUCUCCAUCAAAGGCUAUCGGAAUUUCCCAAUCAUCGGAGAAGCUUCACCAGAACAUACCAUCCAGGAUCAGCUAAUGGAAGGUGCUCUGAGAUGUGUAAGACAAAAGAUUCCAAAUUCAGAUCUUCUGAUUUAGGUGACGUUAUAAAGAUGGAGCAUAGAGUGAAAAAUGACUUCUCAAAAGAUACAUACCACAGUUGCUCAUCUCAUGAUACAGAUAAUGGGAAGUCUAGCUCCGAAAAAAGAAACACUCCAUAUUUACCGAGAUACUCCCCUGAAGAGCUCUGCAACAGUGGUACUCCUACUUGUCUACAGAACCAUGACCAUAGCUCCAACAAGGAUAAUAGAAAGGAAAGAAAAGAAAUUAAAAGUAAUGAACAGUAUAGUAGGGGAAAUGUCAACAAAUACAAAAGAGAAGUACAUCACAGCACUGAAAACAAUGGUAACUGUAACAGUGGUGACAAUGAAGAGGGGAAUUCAGAUCCUCAGCAAAAGCUGAAAACCCUUUCAGAGAAGGCUAGUAAAAAUGAGUCACAACAAAAAAGUCAGACCAUAAAGCUCAAAUACAGUCCAAGUGUGGAAAGAAGAGUAGAAAGGAGUGUUUAUUCCUGGGAGAAACAAACUACCAGUAAAGACAGAUUUCAGAUAAGAGAUGAACUGUAUACUGAUGAGAAAUCACUAAAUUUAUUCAAAAAAGACAUUAAAACACAUGAUAAAGAUGAAAAAAGUAGUACUCAAAAGAAUAAACCAAAUGAAAAGCUACAAGAGCCAUCAAGGAGGUCUGAUAGAGGGAGUAGUCCACACUCAAGGAAUGAACAUUCAAAAAGUCAUGAGUCACGUAAACGUCACCUGGAAGAGUCUAGAAAAGGAAGAGACGUUGACUGCAAGAGAGACAGGGGAACAAAUGAUCAUUCUUCUCGAGAAGGAAGGGCUUCACCUUCUAAUUCCAACAGCAGAGAGCAUAAAUAUGCACGCUUGAAGGAAAGUGGUAGUAGGCAUGAAUGGGAAACAGCACAUUCCAAAUCAGAAAGACACAGAACUGAAGAAAAAAGGAAAAGAGAAAGAGAGAAUCAGGAUGAAAACAGACAUUUUAGAAAUGAAAGAAAAGUUGCAAAAGAGAUUUCUCACCAAUCUGGAAAAGAAUCCAAGAAAGGUACAGAUGUUGUAAAGAGUGAGAAAAACAGAUCUUAUAAGCUAGAAGAAGCAUGCAAAGUAGCAGAUAGCGUAAAAGACCAUAAAAUCCCCAAAACUAAAGAUGAUCACACUGGGACAAAAAGCAAAGACUUAAAACUUAGCUUUAUGGAAAAGCUAAAUUUAACUCUUUCUCCUGCUAAGAAACAAUGUCUCUCUCCAACAAAUGAACUUAAAACACCUUCCCAAAAGGCCACUGAUGAUGGAAGCCCGGAGCUCACGUUGCAGGCAGAACUGUUAGAUUCUUCCCCCCUUGUUAACUGUGGUCCCACAGAGCAAACAAAUUCAACACUACAAGUUCUGGACAGUGCAUCUGAAAACAAUGUGGAACCAGCACUGCCUGUUUCUGUCACUUCUGAAAAUGAAGCCUUGAAAGUAGCAGCAGCAGCAGAUCCAUCACAGUCUGAAGAAACCUUAUCAGAAGCAGAAGUGGGUCAGGUAGAGCCCCAUACCUUGCCAAGAGCUGCAGAGGUACUGGUUCCCGAUGAGAUACAGACUGAGAUGUUGUCAUCAACAGCAGAAGCUUGUGAUGUGGUUGAAGAAUUGAAAGCCUCGGCAACAGCAGUAGCUAUGACUGAUCUGAAUCACUCUGAAUCUUUGCCCCCGGAGGUGGCAGAGAGUGUGGAAGAGUGUGAAAACUUGCCUGUGGCGGUAGAUGUGACACAAGAUGAUAAUGUACCAGCAGUAGAAGUGGCACAAUCUGAAACUGCUAGUGAAACUAUGGAAGACCUUCCAGAGUCAACAGCAGAGAAGAAAGAGGAAGAUAAAAUGUGGCUAGCUGCUGGUGUGGAAAGCUCAGCAGACCAAUGUGGCUCUCAAAACAUUGUCUUAGGUGACUCGGAAGCCAAAGGUUCUGGUGACCUGAAGUCCUGUGGUGUCACAGAUGAUAUUAGUGAAAUAAAACAAGACUCUUUAAUGGAAGGAGUGAAGAAUGAUGAUCGCUUGGUUGCAGAAAAUGUUGAGUGUCUCAUUGAGGAAAAGGAUAUCUGCAAAAUUAAUAUGAAUACAUCUCAGUCACCUGAUAGAACUGUGUUAACUGAUAAGGAUGAAGCAUUAGUUGACCAGAAUGCUUGUGGUAUGGAGCCAGACCUAACUGAAACUGGUUCAACAGCAUCUUCUCUUAAUGGUGAGAUGUAUCCUAGAGCUAAAGAGAGGGAAACUAACCCAGUUCCUAUUGAUGAUGAAAGCUCAAUACUGAGCAUUGAUCUCAAUCACCUGCGCUAUAUUCCGAAGGCAAUCAGCCCGCUGAACAGUCCAAUACGACCUUUGGCUAAAGCACUCAAGAUGGAAAGUCCCUGCAAAAGUCUUGUGAAGAGUUAUAUUAAAGAUUUGAUUCCUGAAAGUGCAGUUGUCGUCUGUCCCUCAAAGAAUUUGUCAAAGGAGGUAAACAAAGAAAAUCAAAAGCCAGUUAGCAUGUCUGAUGAACACUUAGAGAUGGAGUCUCAGCUGAGCAUCUCUUCAGAUGAAAUAGAAGAAGGAGAAAUCAUAAGUAGUGAUGAAGAUGAAGAAAAAUCUAAACCAGAAAGGUGCUCUGAAAAUACGAAAAAGUCAAGACCAAAAGCUUCUCCCGAGACACGAAAUUUGGCCAGCAGUCCACAGAAUCAAAACAGCAAAACUGUGUGUUGCAGUGAGGAUAGUGGAAAAUUUGUUUCUGUGAAAAUAAAUACGAAGAAGAACAAAGAGAGACAUAAAAAUCAGACUUUCAGAUCUUCAAAGGACAUGAAGAAAAAUAAAACUGUGAGCAUUGCUUGUCUUGAAAAAAUAGUUCAUGUUAUUGUUGAACCUUCAAAUGUACAAGAAAUCAUGCAGAUGCUAAGAGCUAUACGAAAGCAGAUGAGGAAAAACUAUAUGAAGUUCAAGGUACACUUUCCAGUUCAGCAUUUUCACAGAAUUAUAGAAUCUGGUAUCAUAAAUUUUACAUCAUUAAUAAAAUACUUGAACUUUUCCAAGAUGUCUAAUUUAGGUGAGACAUUAAAAAUGAAUAUCUGUGAUAUCAUAGAGUCCAAACUUAAGCAAGUUAAAAAGAAUUCAGUAGUGGACAGUCUUUUUGAACGACAAGUAUCAGAUAUGAAAAAACAGCUAUGGAAAUUUGUAGAUGAACAGCUUGAUUACUUAUUUGAAAAGAUAAGGAGAAUGAUAAUAAAACUAUGUGAUGCAGGAAAUGUGGGAAAUGAGAGUGAGGAAGGGAAAAUUGAAAGAGCAGGAAAGCAAAACCACAAAAUCAGUAAUAAAAAUGAUGUACAAAGAUCUAGAAAAAAAUCCGUGAAAGCCAGACCUCAAAAGCCUGAAGAAUAUAUCCUUUCAAAGCAAAUUGUGGGUUACCAACGACCCAGGUGUCACCAAGAGAAAAUUAAAACAGAUGCACCAAAAACUGCCUUUACAAAAUGUCUUAAUUCCAUUGAUAACACAAGGAAUUCCCAAACCAAAGUGCACCUCCCUAAAGAGAAUAAUUCACAAGGUACCCUCACUCCAGUGAAGGGUGUAAAAUAUGAAAAGGAAGGAUUCCAGCUAUCCAGAGAUGCUAACAAGUCUGAACUUGGUUAUGAACUUCUCACAGAACAGCAAGCAUCCAGUCUUACAUUUAAUCUUGUAAGUGAUGCUCAAAUGGGUGAAAUUUUCAAAAGCUUAUUGCAAGGUUCUGAUCUCUUGGAAAAAAAUGGUGGCAAUAUUGACAGACAUGAGUGGGAAUUCAGGACACCGGAAAAACAGUUCUUAGACAGUCAUAAAUGCAGAGGUAAUACUGCUGGACUCGUGCAAGAGAUUGCUCCAAAGGAGGCUUCUGUGGAAUCUCGACCAGUAGAAGAUACCAGCUGGCCUGUUGUUUCGCCUGUAAGAGCUCCCUCUUUAACAUCUAGGCUUCAGAUGUCUGUUGAUCCAGACAUACUAGAUGAAAGCUGUAUGUUUGAGGUUCCUACAAACGCAGCUUCGUGCAAGGAAGAUGAGUGCAGUUUGCAAAAGAAUAAAUCAUAUGUUUCUUCUAUUCUCCUUGAAGAUUUGGCUGUUUCCUUAACUAUUCCAUCACCUUUGAAAUCAGAUGCUCACCUCAGCUUCCUAAAACCUGAGAAUAAUUCUAGCUCUACUCCUGAGGGUGUUCUCAGUGCACAUUACAGCGAAGAUGCACUCCUUGAAGAGGAGGAUGCCACUGAACAAGACAUUCAUUUGGCUUUAGAAUCUGAUAACUCAAGCAGUAAAUCAAGUUGUUCUUCAUCAUGGACAAGUCGGCCUGUUGCUCCCAGUUUUCAGUGUCGCCCCAGCCUACCGAUGCAAGCAGUAAUCAUGGAGAAAUCUAAUGAUCAUUUCAUUGUAAAAAUUAGGCGUGCAGUGCCAUCUACCUCACCAGCAUCUGAUCACAUGGCUUCAGUGAAGGAGGUACACCCAACCUCAACCAAGAUUGAAAAAGAAGAAAUAAAAAGUGAAGAAAAAGAAAAGUAUGCUCAGAGUGCCACAGCAGCCACUGUACAAGAAGCUGUCAAACUGUAUAUGGUUAAGCCAGUUCAGUUGCAUCACAUUAGCACUGGACAAGUACAAAAUCCUGCCUUACCUCAGUCUCUAAAGGAGUCACAUAAUAGUAUUGGAAAGGAAGAAACUACUGGGUUGCUUGGGCCCUCUAGAAAAUGUUCAGAUGCAGAAAGCCGUGAUACUGAAAGCCCAGAUGAAGGCUCUGAGCAAUCUCUGGUGCACGAAUUGAAAGCAUCUGACAACAUAAAUGAAAUGGGUGUUACAUCUCAAGCUUCUUUUCCUGCUGGAUGCAGUAUGGAGUCAUACAUAGACUUAACAGUUGAUAUUGUUAGUGAAAAUUCAUGUUGUGCAGUGGAAUCCACUGCAGAUAACAGGACUCAGGAAACUUCUACAGGAAACUCUGAAACCAGUCAUAAAAAAGAGGAACUGGAAGAGUGCUCUGAUGCAUUGAUAGACUUAACAGAAGAGCUUUCCGGUGAGACAGUAGCAGAUAAAUGCGAUCUUGAAACAAAAUCCACUUCAAAUGCUGAUGUAGGUGGCCGGAUAAGUAUAGAUGAUAAAACUAGUAAAAAAAGGAAAAAGGAGGUUGUCGAAGAGGAUUUCAGCUCCAAAAGACAACGAACAGAAACUGAAUCAGCAGGUGAAGGGAACAAUGCAAGUGAUGUGAAGGCUGAAGAGGUAAAUUCAGCACCUAGACAAUGUUCCAAUAAGAAGAAUGAGUUGCAGCAGAACAAAGACUCUUCUCCUUCAGCUUCAUCUGCAUCAUCACCUAGUCUGUAUGCCAAAAACAUUAUUAAAAAGAAGGGAGAAGUAGUAGUUUCCUGGACGAGAAAUGAUGACCGAGAAAUUUUACUGGAAUGUCAGAGCAAAGGACCAUCAAGCAAAACCUUUGUUUCCUUGGCUACUAGGCUGAACAAAAGCCCAAUUCAGGUUUCAGAAAGAUUCAAACAAUUAAUGAAGCUGUUCAAGAAAUCCAAGUGCAAGUAAAUUUACCACCAAGUUGUGUCAUGGUUAGCAGGAUUUAGCUGUUAACAGCAACGAUGGAUUUACAACCACUGAAUCCGUAUGGUGGGAUUAGUGGGAGAUAUCCAAGUCAGUGAUAAAUCUGAUGCACUGUUGAUUAUUCACUUCCCUGACCAUGUUUCCUCUGAAGUACUUCAUCAGAAUGCAGAGGGAACUUUACAAACAAACUGACUAGGAAAGAAUGGGUGCAUACAAAUGGAAUGGUACUGUUUCAAGGGAUGGGCAUCUGUUUGGUAAAUACGUUUUAUAAGGAAGGACAAGGGCAGGCAGUCAAGUGAAAAUGGUGGUUCUUGAUUAACUGGUCAGAAGUACUGCAUAUGGUGAUGUUGAACUUUAAUAUUAAAGUAAGAGUGCUUUGGAAUGCAGUUGGACUGUCUCCAGGUAGAUAGUCCUGGAAAUGACAGGUACAGCAUCUUGGUUACCUUGAAAUGUAUUUUAAGAAGUUAGGCCAAUGAUAGCAAUGAUUCUGAAAGCUGCUUAUGUAGUUACUGGAUUCUGAUGGUAGGGGUGGGUGGGUUCUUGCUGGUUCUUGCUGCUUUGUCAGUUGCUUAUAGCGGGUUUCAAGGAGAGGAUCUGGCAAAGAAUGUGGGAUUUGUCUCCAACUUUAAGCACGUUAUCUAAGUAAUUUCUUAAUCACUCCAGCGUUCAACAGAGGUGAAUGAAUUUCUGUUUCAGAGUGCCCAUCUGUCAUAAUCAACAAUGAAGAAAGACAAUUGGCUUAGAUUAGACCCCUAACUUUCCGAUUUUUGAAGUCAAAUAAAAUGAGUCUUAACCACUGUGAGAGAGUGAGGCCAGUCAGUAAUGCUGUGACCAGUUACUCGGUUUCUUUUAAACUGUGAAAUGCUGUAAUGAGGACUUACGAAGUGCUACCUUGCAGUUAAGUGUUACACAGCUUGAUGACGUUUAAAACAAGUUAGCAUUGAAUUUUGAAUACUUUGGUUUUUUUCCCCCAUGAAAAACUUACUGGAUUUUUUUCUUUUUUUCCCUCCUCCUGUUUUUCUUGUUGGGAAAAAGGCUAAUACAUUUUUCUGUUCCAAAUUACAUGUAGGAAAGGUACUUAAGUUAGGUCUUCAACAUAAAGAACAUUCUGUUUUGUUUAAAAAAAGAAUAAAAAUUGACAAGUGAUUUUCUUAAGAUUAAUUUAGAAACAGACCUUUAGAGUUUUAUAAAAUGUGACUUUUUACUUACUAACCAGGAAAAAAACUUUUUUGUAAAAACAAGCAGUUUCAGAAGCUUGUCAGUUUGUCAUGUUUUGACAGCAAUUGUAUCUAUCUUUACAAAUUGUUUCAUACAUUAGAAAUUCAUGAUGUUUUAUUUUAAAGAACUCUUAUAAGUGCUUCCAGUUUUACUAGGACCUACUAAAAAUGUGUGUGCGUGUGUGUAUAUAUAUAUAUGCGCAUGUAUACACACGCACCUCUUUUAUAUCCCAAAUUUAUAAAAAUUUCUAAAAAUCUUUCUUUUUUUUUAUUUCCCCUAAGCAACAUUCCUAAAAGUUGCAUGCUUUUGUAUUACAGAUUCAUUAACAUUGAGGUUUUAUUCUUUAUUGAGGAACAGAAUUGCUGUUGUCUUUAUUCAGUCAGAACACUUGCUGAGUUUAGUUAGACUUCAUUUUAAAAGCCCCGUUGCCUUUUAGCUUGGAUUAGAUCGGCCUUUUUUCAAAAUCUGAUGACCGCUUCUUCAGUUUCAAUGUAAUGGUUUUUUUUGCUUUCUCCUCAACUAGUGGGACAGACUUCUCAUUCUAAUAAACCAUCAGAUAAUUUGUCAGUGACACUUUUGGAGUAUUGUAAACGUGACCUAUGGAAUCGAUUGUCAUGCUGCCAAACAGAGCGCAUCAUUCUCAUUUUAGGCUGUACUCUGGAAACUGUUACAAGGAAUGACUUUAGUAGGUAAUGAUAUCAGUUCUGGCAGUCUUCCAUCUUCUGUGCUUGUUUCUAAAACAUUUGCUUUUGGUGAUCAAGUGUCAUCUUUCAUGCUACACCAGGCGCACGUAGUCAUUUCAGUGGGGGAUUGGUAUAGCUACCCAUGCUUGUUCCUAACAAACAUUUGUGAUGAUUGUUCAUUUACUGGAAACUUAAAUCCAACUGUUCUCAGAACAGUGCAUUUGCAGAGCAGCGUUCGUGUUUGUGGAAAAAUCAGACUCUACUAAGAGUGUUCUUUUAACUGUAUCUUUAGAGAUCAAAAUGUGCACAGAUCUGAAGGCACUGAGGGAAGUAGCUUCUCUCCACUUAAGUGCUUCCUCUCUGUCUCAUGAAGGCAGGCAGUGUUUUAUUACAAAGUUGUUUAUUCAUUGUCUGUGUUUAUUUACUUUCUUAUCUGUACAGGUGUUGCGGGGUUGGGGUUUGACCGUUUUGGUUCUGACUUGGAUUCAUUUUUUUUUUAAAUUAUGAAACUUUUUUAAUGUUCUGUCUAUUGUAAGUAUGUGUACAGGUUCCUACAUGGUCAUGUAAAAUAUCUAAUGUGUGUAUAUAUAUAUAAAUAUAUGUAUAAAAAUAGAGAGCGCUUUGUUUAGCCAAAGAUGAUUUUUUUAACUAUAUAAAACUCCAGGUUUAUUUUGUAUAAAUUAAAUAGUUUGCUUACUGUAAGAGUAAUGCAAAAAAUAAAACUGUACAAUUCACACACACCCGUUCUUGUUGAACAAAGUUUGGCUUGGAGUGGUUUUGUACCAUUGUUCUUAAUUUAUUUCUCCAAUAAGGAUUUUGAUACAUAUAUGCAAAAUGUACUGUAUGUAAAUCUGCAGUCUUAUUUGUGAAACCUCAGGUAAAUGAAAACUUUUUCUAGAACUGUUGACUAGUGGCUUGACAAUUGCAAAUGCUGUGAAGCAUCAUUAACAUUGACUUCUGUUAGUUUGUAUAAAUGAGUAGGUAUAUUGAUGUUCUGGCCAAUAAACAUGGAGGUGACCAGC